UCAUGGCCUUACGGUCACCCUGCUAAGCUUCGAGUUCGCUGAUUCCAACUCGCACUAUACAUCAGAUGUGUAUGUACUCGCAGGAUUUGUGUCGAAGAACAUGAAGUGUACAUAACCUCAAGAUUUAUAAAACUGGGAAAGCUUCAAGGAAUACUUAGAGCUUGAUGAAAUUCCACUAUCCUGUGAAAUUUGAGGUGAAUAUUUUGUACAGCAAUGCAAUUAGAGGCGAAAAAAUCAAGGUUUUUGAGGAGCUAACUCAUGCAACAGUUUGAAGAAUUCCAAGUUGACGUUCCUUAUUUGUGAGAAACUCUAGCCUUUUCUUCGGCUGCCUAUCCAGUCAAUAUGAUGGAGGAAGUGACGAGUGAUGACCAGGCAGCCACACCUCCUCCCGCAUCACCAAUUUCUACCGUGGCUCCGCCAACCAAUCCAUUAACUCCAUCAACGUACGUUCCCCCGCCCCAGCCCUCUCAGAUGUACGUGCCUCCACCUCUUGCCUCCCAAGCGGAUUCACAGUCACCUGGGUUCAGCCUUUCCCAGGAUGCAUCAUUACCCCAGUCCCAGAUGUAUACUCCUUCCCAGCAGCCUGUGCUACCAGGAGCACAGAGCUCACCGGCAGGCCAUGUUCCUCAACAGGGUACCAGCGCUGCAGUCUCACUGUCAUUAGGUGAUGACACGCCCCCCUCAUCAACCACCCUUGAGGGGCAGUACCAGAGUCAAGUUGGGGGAGGAGGGAGUGGGGGGCUGAUUGGCUGGGGGAGUAGCUUCAUGAAGAAAAUGGUGGAGAAGACUAAGAGCUCAGUUGAUUCUAUGAUAACAACAUUAGACCCAGGCAUGGCUCCCAUAAUAAAAUCAGGAGGUGACAUUCAUGUUGUCGUUGCCUCUGACAAAGAGGUCAAAGUGGCCGCCAUCCGGGACGCCUUUCAGAAAGUCUUCGGCCGAGCCACGGUGGUGGGCAAGCCAAGCCAGCCUAACAUCGCCCCCCAGCCUGAAGGGUACGCAGCAGGGAGCAAAGGAACACAAGAGAGGAUCGAUAACCUCAGACGCAACGGCUUUGUGGAUGAAACCCAGACCGUGGUGUCCAUUGAGAACUUCAUUGUUGAACUUCUCCCUGAAAAAUGGUAUGAUAUUGGCUGUGUGCUGCUCCAAGACCCCGUCCACAACAUCACCUUGGAAACUUUCACCCAGGCCACGCCCGUGCCCUUGGAUCUUGUGACCUCAGCCCAGGCCAUGACGCCACCGGACUACACCUUACGCUGGUCGGGGCUAGCUGUGACGAUCGGGGAGGUUGUCGAGCGCGACAUACCUGGCGUGAACCGUGGUGAUUGGCACGUUGCACUCACAGGUGUCUCGCGCCGGGAUAUGAUCUACAGCACAGCAUUGGCACUGGCUGGCAUGUACCAAUUGAGGUUACCGCUGAAAGCUGAUACAAUAUAAUCACAAGGAAUCACAGAGAAAGCCUGAAGGAAAGUGGAAACAUCAGACUAACGUCCGGACAUCAGGCAUUUUCCGAUCAGUUUUCCCAUUUUUAUCCUGAACAGAAAUGGAUAUGCUGUACUUUAAGUGCAUGCUAAUGAGGUAAUGAAGACAAACUGAGACUACGUGUGCCAGGUCAAAACUAAUUGUGCUCUUUUGUUGAGCAUUUUGUCUUGCACCCUCUACUCUAGAACUAUAUCAUGAAUUUUAUGAAUCAUGACUCAGCCUGAGUUAUUUUUGUUUUUACUUUGUAGAAAAGUUAGCCAUCCAGCAUUUAUACAUUCAUUAAGGUACAUGUAGCUAACAUUGGUUUAGUGUUUGAAUACAUUUUGGCACUUUCUGUAUGUCUCCCCCCCCCCCCAGGUAAUGGUUUAGCCCAGUGUGACCAAUCAGGUCAUACUUACCACUUUGGAUAUUCUUAUCCCAGAGGGGUGGUAUUGCAGUAUUAGUCAACUUCAUCACUAACAAAGAACAAGGUAAAGCUGGUCCCAGCGUGAACAAAAUGCAUAUUAAUAGCAUCAUUUUAUGAGGAAAAACAUGACUUUUCAAUCAUUAAGUAUUCAGGUUUCGGGCAUUUCUUGUGUUUUAAUUUUGGGUUGCUUAGCAACAAAGACAUCUACAUCUAUCUUACCAUGGGAUGCAUGUAAAAAAUGUAUAUUUUGUCAUAUUUAAAAAAUUCUUCAAUUUCUGUUUAGCUGUUUAGUGUUGAAAAUCUAUUUGUUGAGUCUCAUAAGAAUUUGUAGUUCUUUAGGGGAUUCCAAAUUAUUCCUGGAGAUGUAUACUUUUUUUGAGAGAGAAAAAAACCAUUAACUGAAUUUAAUCGGCAGUACCGAUUUUACAGUCACAACUGCGUAAGUGGUCAACGGUUGAACGUGUUUCUUUUCUCAUUCUGGAAAUAUGUGAAAUUACAUAUGAGAAGCAUUUGUCCGUUGGCCUCCGGUAGAAUAUCCCAUGAAGCAUUCGGAUAAUUUAUAAGGGUUUUAUAGAAAGCGCUCCAUGAAAUUGUCUGCUUUGUUUGUAAAGUUAACGUUUCAUUGCAUUUUUCCUCAAAAGAUAAGAAUAUACUUUCUGGGCGUUUUAUUCCUGAUACACAAUAAGAAAUAGGGAAGAGGACCAACUUUUUUUUUUGCAUGCAGCUUUGGAUUGCGUUUGGUUUGGGUAUUUGCUUUUUUAUUCGUUUCAAUGGUAAAAAUAAAUUUAUCUAUUUUUCAAGUU